GCGGAAGGCCUGGCACAGCUGAUUUACUGUCAGACUUAACGUCUUUGGAGGCCUCCUCUGCCCUGCUCCUGUCUUCUGUGGAAGGACUUGGAUAAAGCAUCUGCCACUGCACCAAGCAGAUCACCUAAAGUGAUGACUAGCAGUCAACUGGCUAAGGAGUAAGAGAGGAAGCAAUGGGCUGGACUAUGACUCUAAAAGAUGACUUUGGGGUCAUUUCCUGGACACGGCGAGCUGGGAACUGCCUCGGCUUCCUUCUCCUCUUCUCCCUCGUUUCCAUUUCAGUCCAGUCAGACAUUGUGUUUCCUAAGGACCGUCAUUUCUCAUGGAAAGCAGGCCAGUGGGGUCAGUGUAUCGGGGAGCAGUGUGGUUCUGGUGGGGUUCAGUCAAGAACAAUAUGGUGUGUCCACACGGAGGGCUGGACCACCCACCAUACCCACUGCCAGCACAUGGACAAGCCAGAAAGCCAGCGUCACUGCUUUAAGGUCUGCGACUGGCACCAGAACCUGUUUGAGUGGGAGGUGUCAGACUGGGGGGGCUGUGUUCUCGUCCCUUUCUUCUCCAACGAGCUCAAGCUGAGGAUGGCCGAGUGCGUAACGGCGCAGCACGGCAUCCAGAGGCGCAAAGUCCACUGUGUGCGCACUUCAAACCGUACCACAGUCAAUUUGAGGAUAUGUGAGUUCUUUUCCCAGAAGCCACCUGUGGAGCAGGCGUGCCUCAUCCCCUGCCCCCAGGACUGUGUAGUUUCAGACUUUACGUCCUGGUCCAGUUGCAGCAAAACGUGCGGCACUGGCAUGCAGCAUCGGACUCGACAUGUUCUGGCCACGCCAAUGUUCGGAGGGGAAAGCUGCCCCAAUUUGACAGAGACCAGGACUUGUUCUGGUUAUGUUGACUGCCCUGCUGGGGAGGGGGAGUACCAGUACAGCCUUAAAGUAGGGGCCUGGAGCGAGUGCCGACUUCCGUAUCACAAGGACGCCCUGUUGAGUGGCAGGACCACAGUGGACUUCAGCUCCAAUGAGAACAACACAGUCACAUUGCACAUGCAGACCUCCCACCACCACCAUCACGCCCACCACCACCACGAUAACCCCAUGUCAUGGGAGCUGGAGGUGGGAUACCAGACACGACAAGUCCGCUGCACACGGAGCGACGGCAAGAACGCUAUGCUGAGCCUCUGUACCAGGGACAAUGCCCCCUUGACCUUUCAGGCCUGUGUGAUGCCCAAAGACUGUCACACUUCUGAUUGGUCAUCGUGGAGUCCCUGCUCCAAGACCUGCCGCUCCGCCGACCUGUCGCCUGGUUACCGCCUCCGGUCACGCAUCAUGACGCAGAUCCCCGUCCGAGGGGGGGAGCGUUGUCCUGCCCUUGAGGAAAAAGAAGCCUGCAACAUCAUAGGAGAUUUGCUUCCAAACUGCCCGAGGUAUGUGUGGAGGGCCACUGACUGGGACGACUGUCGAAUCCUCCCCUUACUGAGCCAUCAGGACCAGCGGCUGGCCAACAUCUCCAUCCUGUGUGGAAGUGGGAUCCAGACCAGGAAGACCUACUGUGUUCAGGUCCCCGACGACUCAGCACCACAUCACAGGAAGGAGGUGUCCAGGCCUGUGAUUGGCAGGCUGUGCGCGGGUGAAUACCCCCCCUCGGCCGUUCAGCAGUGCUCCAUCCCCUGCCAGCCCCUCUGCUUGCUCUCCCAGUGGUCCCCCUGGGGCGCCUGCCUACAUGACAACUGCAAAGAACCACAGGGGAAGAAAGGUUUCAGACAGAGGAGGAGAGAGGUGUUGUGGGAGUCCAGCAGUCCUCCGGAGACCUGCCCUCAUUUGGUGGAGUCUAUCCCCUGUGAGGAUCCCGCCUGCUACCUGUGGACGGUCCAACAGGAAGAAAGAUGCAUCCCCAAUAACAGCUCCUGUGGUCCGGGAUCUGCAGCCCGGAAUGUGACCUGUAUCAGCGCUGAAGGGGAGGAUGUGCCCGUUGCUCACUGUGUAGACGACCACCCCCCCACAGCAGUGUCCUGCGAGGUGGCCUGUCCUGCAGACUGUGUGGUUGGCCCCUGGUCAUCCUGGUUACCCUGCUCACACAGCUGUGCCACCAAGACAGCCGAGGGUCGACAGAGCCGCACUCGCACUGUGCUGGCCAUCCCAGGGAACGAGGGGAGGGGGUGUCCUGCAGCUCCAGCCCUGGAGGAGUGGAGGGUCUGCAACGACCACCCUUGUAUGAUGCUGUAUUGGGAGGCGUCAGCGUGGGGACCCUGUAUUGAGGAUUCCCCCAUGGACCUCAAUGGAACCAGCUUCCUGAACGGGACUCCCACCUGUGCCAUGGGGGUUCAGAUCCGCAAAGUCAGCUGCAUAAAGACGAGCGUUGGACCUGUCACAAGUAAAAGGUGCUCAGAUUCUGCUCGUCCACAAACCGUCCGGCCCUGUUUGCUCCCCUGCAAGACAGACUGCGUUGUUACACCCUUCAGCGAAUGGACGGCCUGCCCAUCAACCUGUAUGCCAGGAAAUGACACUGCUGCUACACAGUCUCGAUACAGGACCAUCAUUCAGAGGUCUGCUAAUGGAGGUCAAGAGUGCCCAGACACACUGUAUGAGGAGAGAGAGUGUGAAUCGCUUCCUGUGUGUCCGGACUAUAGUUGGAGAACACACAAGUGGCACAGCUGCAGUUUGGUUCCAGAGUCUGUUCGCCAUGGAUUAUCUGGACCGACAGAAGCCUGUGGAAAUGGUCUGGAAACAAGAGGAAUCAGUUGUGUAGAGGAGAGUGGUGAGUCGGCCAACAUGACAGACUGCCUGCGAUGGGCCGGCCCUGUCCCCCCCCAGAUCAGAGGGUGCCGGAUAACUUGCAAGGAUGACUGCACUCUAACUGCUUGGUCCAAGUUUUCUGAAUGCGCUGGAUGUGGCAGCUCCCACAGUCGCAAGCGUUCACUCACAGGUCGUAGUAAAAAGAAGGAACAUUGUCUGGAUAAGGACUUGUACCCGCUCGAGGACAGCGAGACGUGUCCCUGUGAUGAGUUUUUGUCGCAGCCUUUUGGUAACUGGUCCGCAUGCAUCCUCCCUGACCCCUCGGCCCCGGGCUCCCUGCAGGGCUGGAUGAACCAGAGAGAGGUGAAGGAGUGCGGCCACGGGCUGCGCUACAGGGCUGUGGCCUGCAUCAACCAGCAGGGACACCUGGUUAACCCCUCACUCUGCACAGACUCAGGCUACAUGGUGGAGGUUUGCCACAUCCCUUGCCCCCUGGACUGUAAGCUCAGCGAUUGGUCAGCCUGGUCCUCCUGCAGUGCUUCCUGUGGCAGCGGGCUGAAGAUCAGGUCCAAGUGGCUCAGGGAGAAAGCUUUCAACGGGGGACGCCCAUGCCCCAAGCUGGAUCUGAAAAAUCAGGUGUACGAGGCUGUGCCGUGCCACAGUGACUGCGGCCAAUAUGAGUGGAGGAUCGAGCCCUGGUCCAUUUGUACCAUCAACACUGUGGACGACCUGCCAGCCUGCGGGGAGGGAGUCCAGAGUCGCAAGAUCAGGUGUGUGAGGCAGACUGCAGCGAGUGGGGAGAACAGCACGCUGGAGGACAGUCUGUGUGAUCAGGAGGAAACCCCCCCCACAGCCCAGGUCUGCUUCCUGGCCUGCCCCAACGACUGCGUCAUGGCACCCUGGGGUCCCUGGACCAACUGCCCUGUGCAAUGUGACCAAGGAGCAGCGCGGAACCGGAGCAGACACGUCCUCCGCCUUCCCGCCUCUGAAAGCUCAGCCUGUCCAGAGCUGGUCCAGACCGAGCCCUGCCUCCUCAACAGCAGCUGCUUCUCCUACGACUACAGAGUCUCAGACUGGAGCACUUGCCAGCUAGGUGAAAACGCCAUCUGUGGUCAGGGUUUUCGGUUACGUCUCCUGGACUGUAUUCGCAGCGAUGGCAAGAUUGUGGAGUUGAAGAAGUGCGAGCAGCUGGGUCUGAUCAACAAGUGGAGGCUGAUGGAAAGCUGCGUCGUGGACUGUCCUGUCAGCUGUUUACUCUCUGAAUGGUCGCCGUGGGCUGAAUGUUCCCACACCUGCGGUAACCAAGGUCAGUCGGUGCGCACCAGGAGAAUCCUGCAGGAGGCUCAUGAGGAGGGUCGGCCGUGUCCAAACCAGGUCACCCAGACUCAACCGUGUCCCAUAAGGCCUUGCUACACGUGGCUGCUUAGUGACUGGUCCACAUGCACUGUGGAGGAUGCAGAGUGUGGCGAGGGGCUUCGGAAAAGGAGCCUGUCAUGUGUGGUCCACCGGGGCAGCUGGCCCGAGUCCCCCCCCCAGCCAGUGGACCAGGAGCUCUGUGGAGACGAGCUGAGGCAGCGGAUCCAACAGGAGAUGGAGCAGCCCUGCUUCGUGCCCUGCCCAGGAGACUGCCAUUUGACCGUGUGGUCGUCUUGGAGCUCGUGCCAGCUGACCUGCCUGGAGGGACGGAGUUUCGAGACCACCGGGCGCCAAGCUCGCUCUAGAGCCGUGAUCAUUCAGGUCAUGGAGAACCAGGGAAGCUGCCCACAUCAAGUGUUCGAGACCCAGCCCUGUAAAGGGGGGAAAUGCCACAGCUACCAGUGGAGGACGGGAGGAUGGAGCAACAACAAGCGGGCGGUGUGGUGCCAGCGCUCCGAUGGUGUCAAUGUCACAGGGGGUUGUUUCCCGCAGAAAAGGCCCACCACGAUCAGACACUGCCAUCCUCCCUGCACCAAACCCUUCUCACACUGCACACCGAGCGGAGUGUGUGGGUGUGAGAAGGGUUACACUGAAGUGAUGACCACGCACGGCUUCUUGGACUACUGCACCAGGACCCCGGGGGUGGACAACAACAAGAAAGCUGAUGUGAAAACCAACUCUGGAAGAUUAAAGCCGGGGCCCUCUCAGGCCCAGGACCUCUUCAGCGAGUGGACCCUGCGCCCUGUUGGCCCAGAUGGAAGAGUAAAGCUGUGGGUUUACGCCGUGACCGCCGUUGGAUUCUUCUUAAUACUCUUCAUUAUUGCAUUAUCCUUCUUGGUCUGUAAUCCAUCCAAAAGCAGUAAGGCAUCUCUCCCGCCGCAGAAACCCCUGACCCUGGCCUACGAUGGCGACUUGGAUAUGUAACUGUUAUACCUCACAGGGACGUGCUCCACCUCGCACACUCCUGACUGCGUUCAGAUUGUAAGCAAGCACGUCCUUCACAUACUUCUG